AUGGCGCCCAGGAGAAUCCCCGCCGAGGACGCGGACCCGUCGCCGCUCGCGGCGCCCCUCAAGUUCGAGUUCUCGGGCAAGACGGCCAAGAACCGGUUCAUGAAGGCGGCCAUGACGGAGAGGCUGUCGACGUGGGACGCGCAGCAGCGCGAGAAGCGCGGGGUGCCGACGCCGGAGCUCGUCAACGUGUACCGGCGGUGGGGCGAGGGCGGUUUCGGCGUCAUCCUCACGGGCAACGUCAUGCUCGACUACGACCAGCUCGAGGCGGCCGGCAACCCCAUCAUCCCGCCGGGGGCGCCCUUCGAGGGCGAGCGCUUCGAAGGGUUCCGCCGCGUCGCCGAGGCCGCCAAGAGCCACGGCAGCCUCGUCCACGCCCAGCUGAGCCAUCCGGGCCGCCAGGUCGCCGCCCACAUCAACCCGCACCCGGUCUCGGCGAGCGACGUGCAGCUCGAGGGCGAGGUGAUGGGCAUGACGUUCGGCAAGCCGCGGCCGCUGAGCAAGGACGACAUCAAGCGCGUCGCCGACGACUUUGCCUACGCGGCAGAGUACGUCCACCGGGCGGGCUUUGACGGCAUCGAGCUGCACGGCGCACACGGCUACCUCCUCGCGCAGUUCCUCUCGCCGACGACGAACAAGCGCACCGACGAGUACGGCGGCUCGCUGGCCAACCGGGCGCGCAUCAUCCUCGAGAUCGCGGACGCGGUGCGGGCGCGGGUGUCGGACGAGUCGUUCAGCAUCGGCAUCAAGGUCAACAGCGUCGAGUUCCAGGAGGGCGGGUUCAGCACCGACGACUGCCGCGGGCUGUGCGCGGCGCUCGAGGCGCACGGGUUCGACUUUGUCGAGCUGUCGGGCGGGACGUACCAGAGCCUGGCGUUCGCGCACCGGCGCGAGUCGACGCGGCGGCGCGAGGCCUUCUUCCUCGACUUCGCCGAGGCGGUGAUCCCGGAGCUGAAGCGGACCAAGGCGUACGUCACGGGCGGGCUGCGCACGACGGCGGCCAUGGUGGCGGCGCUCGGGACCGUCGACGGCGUCGGCCUGGCGAGGCCGGUGUGCAACGAGUUCGACCUGCCGCGGAAGCUGCUCUCGGGCGAGGCCAAGAGCGCUGUUGAUGCGUUGCUGGACGAGGACGACUUUGGGAUGACGAACCUGUUGGCUGGGACGCAGAUGCGGCUCGUCGGCCAGGACAAGGAGCCUCUGGACGCCACCCAGGAGAAGUACAGGGAGGUGUUUGAGAAGUCGAUGGCCAAGUGGUCGGAGGGGAUGGCUGACAACGGCGACAACUCCAAGUACGGGUUCAUCGACAUCGAGGGCACGAAGCUGCAGCCGUACGGCACGCCGUACGCGGCGGCGGCGUGA